AUGUCCACAUCUGCUCCUACUCCUCCCCCUUCCGAACAAUCCUAUACCGCCAUGAGACACAACGGCGACGACUACGACCGAGACGUCGAAGCGAUCGGCUCACACUGCGAAUUCCCCUACUGCCACCAACUCGACUUUUUACCAUUUCGGUGCGACUCAUGCCACCACACUUUUUGUCUAGACCACCGGACGGAGACCGCGCACAAAUGCCCACGGGCCGGCGAAUGGGCAAAGAACCGACGACGGAACAGCGUGGGUAGACCAACGUCUACAACCACCAACAGUGGUUCCUCCACCACCACUCUCAGCGGCGGCGGCGGGCGUCCCAAUCACACCAAUGCAAUCCAAUGCAGCAACCCGACAUGCAAGACGUUCGUACACACACUCCAAAACACCGGUGUCCACUGUCCCCAGUGUAACCGGACAUAUUGUCUGAAACAUCGGAUGCGGGAGGACCACGACUGCGCCAACCUUAUACCGGUGGGAGCGCGGCCAGCGGGAGCAGGAGCGGCAUUAUUACAGAGCAAUAAAGAAAAGUUACGUCUUGGGUUUGGGCGGCUCAAAUCGUGGGGGGCCAAAGUCCAACAAGACACCAGUACUAUGGUGUCCGGGUCGAGGCCACAGGGAUCGUCAGGCAGAGCGGCGCAGAUUGUGGCGUUGAAUGCCCUCAAAAAGAAUGCAAAGGGUGACGACAAGCUCGACCCGGCGAAACGGGUGUAUUUGCAUGUCGAGGCCGAGGCCGCUUCCACGACGAGUAAAUUGCCCCGAGCGGAUCUGUUUUUCUCGCAGGAUUGGAGUGUUGGACGCUUGUUGGACGAGGCGGCUAAGAGGCUUCAGGUCGCGAAUGUUAAUAACCGUGUUGACUCGGAGGAGCAGCGCCUGAGGGUUUAUCAUGUUGAAGGGGGCCGGUUGUUGGACUUUUCUGAGAAGGUCGGCAAGGCUUUGAUAAGUGGAAAUACUGUCGUGCUGUUGAGAGGUGUUGGGCCGAAGGAGGUUGCGGCAACGUGA